AGCCGGCGGGAUUAGGGCAUUAGGGGGCGAUGGGGUACAAGAACAAGGAGAAGCAGAAGAGACCGCAGCCGCCGGCACCUCCGCCGCAUCCACCGGUUAGCCCUGUGUCUCUGACCAUCCUCUACUACGAGCUUCGCAAGGACUGGCCGGUGCCCCAGAGUCGAAGAUGGACGAUCUAUGCAACGACAAUGGUUUCGUGGCUGACGUGGACGCGUGGCUCAACACCCUAGGUCUCUCGGAAGAGGUUGGCGUGGAGCGAAACCUUCAUCCUCAUGGUAAGGGAGGCUGGGCCGUGCGUUAAGUUCAUAGAACAGGGCGGCUUUGUUGCGUACUGCCCUAAUGCCAACAGCAAAGAUCACACUGGACUGCUAUACCGGCAGGCGCUGCGUUUCCAGAACUAUGCGAAGGCUAAGUUGCUCGCGGAAGUGGCAGCGCAGGCAGUGCAAGAAAGGCAAGAUGAAGGGGGAGGCAGCGGUAGAGGUGGCGGCACAGGCAGCGCAGGUGGAGGAGGAGAAGAAAGGGAAGAUGAAGGAGGCAGCGGUAGAGAUGGCAGCUGAGUCUAGUGGUAGCAAGUCUGUGACAACACUCGUCUUCCAAAGCAGCGAUCUUCACGUCCAAGGCAGCAAUCUUCACAUUCAAAGCAGUGAUCUAACUUGGUGCAGCGGGAGCAGAUUGCUGCUUUGGAUGUGAAGAUCGCUGCUUGGGAAGAUGAGAACUCGGUGCAGCUGGAGCAGAUCACUGCUUUGAUAGAGGAGAACUUGGAGCAGCGGCAGCAGAUCGCUGACUUGAAAGAUCAGAUCACUUCACUAAACCGGGAGAAGGCUUCGAUGCGGUCGACCUUGAGUUCGCUCAAAGCCCUGUUCAAGAGGAAGCUACUGGAGUCAUUCAGAGUGAAAGUAGCAGGCAUGUUCCCGGAUGCGGUCUGGAACGGGGACGUCCCUGAUGUUGGGUGGUGGUGCGGCUUCAUCCAAGACCCCAGGAGCAUUGCAGCUCUCUCUUCGGCAUCGGGAAUCGGUUUUGACAUGCCCGACGCUUGCACUGACGAGCUACGACCACGGCUCAGCUCAAUCCAGCAAGCAGGAGGAGUGGCUGCACAUGUCAUCACCGAAGAACCCGAGGUCUAUGCCACUCUGGUCUGUCAGUACGCUGGCGCUUCGCUGGAGAGGAUGAAGAAGAUCUAUCGACUGGUCUUCGGGCGUGACGCUGCCCAGGAUGCCUUUGGGGACGUGGGGUGCUGCAAGUGUCCAGUCCAUUGUCCGGAGGGCGUGAAAACGGGGCAGUCUCCUUCCAGAAGACAAGCCAAGAAUUUUGUUUGCCUCUUUUAUUUUGUUUCUUGUCUUUUCUUUUGUUUUCGCAUACAACGAGCUCAAAGGCUCCUUCCAGAAGAUGAAGAACGAGUAGAUAGAAGCAAUAUUACAUACCCGACCUGUAUUUGGCUUUUAUCCAAAGUAGUAAAUGCGGCUUCCAUAAGUAUGGGGUAUUUGCAAAGCUCUGGGAUGCUUUUACAAAAUGCCCAUGAGCGAAAAGCCGCUGAGUUUUUUGGCAGCAUGGAGCUUCCCACCGUGAUUACAAGUCAGGAGAAUCACCUGGAAACUUAUCUCAUUUCUCGCCUCACCCUGGCACUCGACUACUUUCGAUAUGGUGGCCUAGUACAGCAUUUCUCCAAAAGUGAGUCACUUCCAGGCGAUGGCAGAUGUGCUGGGACAAGCUGGGCUCAAAGGUCUGCUGCUGGUGAUCCCCUUCCAGCCGCAUUUCCUCACGUGGAAGAGCUUGAUCAGCAUGUGCAAAGUUCAUGGUAG